AAAACCGCCUACUCUUUCUAUCUUCUGCUGAAGGACAUUUUCUAGAGAGAAAUUCAUUAUUCACUAGAGCUUUCAGUUGGAUAGAUCGAACACACAGCACCGCGGCACGAAUGAGAAACCACCGUUGGGCAUAUUACCAACCAAGCACAUAGCUCACAAGUAGAUUUUCGUAAUCAAUACUUUUGAUUGCUCAUCAGCCAAUAUUUAAAUAUGCUUUUUGCUGUAUAACAAAUACGAUUGUAGCGUUUGAAUGCGAUCGAACGUUAAUAUGCACAUGUAGUUUAACUGAAUGACCAGUUUCAAAUAAACGUCACUGCGACGAUAUAUAGCCCAUUGGUGGUCACAACAACGACCUACUACAUCAUAUACCAAUCAGUGGACCAGCGAUGAGGUUCUUCUUAAUCGAAAAACCGCCCGGUGUGCCGCACAUUGCACUGAAGCUCCUAAGACUGGUUGGAGUUUCACAGACGCAAAGCGAAAGAUAUCGAUACGUGCCGAUGUUUGUGCUAUUUUUACUUACAAUAGCUAUACCGAAGAUUGCGUUUGGAUAUCCCAACUUUGAGACAUCUAUCAUUGGUUUGGCUGAGCUGUUCUUUCAAACGAAUCGUUUCGUUGGGGUAUUAUUGUUAGUGCUCUAUAGUGAAUCGAUUUUUGAGCUUGUGCGACAGUCAGAAUUCUUCGCGAAGAAAGUUCUUAGCGAAACGUCUCCAGUUGCUGAAUAUCUUACCAAGAUGGACACCCAAGUCACCAAAAUCACUAAACUGUACCUUACCGCCCUUCUGGUACCGGCUAACUUCUACAGCUACUCUCCAAUUGUUGCGACCCUUUGGAAGUAUUACAACACAUACGAAAACGACACCGUCCCGGAGUUUACCCUACACAUGGAGGAAAGCUUCUACAGACUAAAUGUUCGGGAAAAGCUGGACCACUACCUGAUCUUUGGUGCCAUCAUGGUGCCAAUUUCGUUUCUUUGUGCUCUCGUCGGAACAGCCAAACUUGUGUCGAUUCUGAGCCUCAUCAAGUAUUGCACCAUCUACUUUCAGCUGGUUAAGGUCAAACUAGAAGAGGUUGGCCGUUCUCAAAAUUAUGCUAGUGAUAUAAGAUCCGCUAUUCAAAUGCAUCACAGUGCGCUCAGCUGUGCCGAUUUGCUACAUGAUAUCACCGCUCCCAUCAUGCUACUGCAGCUAGUGCUUUGUAUAAUGGUGUGGAGUUCAAUGCUGCUGUACUUCACCGUGGCGGGAUUUAACACACAGUUUAUUAGUCUGUUUAUAUUGUUCAUGUUCGACACAACCGAAACGUUUGGUUAUUGCUACUUGGGUAAUCAACUUUCUGACGAGAGUGCUCGUGUCGCCAGUGUUGUGUACGACUGCAGAUGGGAAGGUAUGCCUCCAGCUUUACGCAAAGACCUGCAGCUCAUAAUGCUACGUGCUCAACGGUCUGUUGGUAUUACUGCUGGCAAGUUUUGUUUUAUGAACAUGGAACAGUUUGGUGAGGUCGUCAAGACAACGUAUUCAUUUUUCGUUGUCUUGAGGGAUCAAUUUUAAAAGCAAUAUUAAUAUUUAAUGCAAAGCAACCAUAAAUUAGAAAAGCUAAGCAAGAAAUUGAUAUACCCGAUGCCUUGUUAAUUACUAGUACUAGUGGAAAUAAUUGAUACUGAUACACAGCAGCAAAUUCAGCGUCAAGGAUCAAAGGAUAACGUUCAUUAGCAAUUACACGCACAUGGUUAGAUAUAAAGUCCACGUACUCGAUUCUUUUUCACCACUGUAGUAUGCUCGAGGCCAUAAAUUAUUACAUUCAUAUUUUUAUAUUGAAUAAAUUCAAGCUUCGCAUUCAAUCAGUACAAUACUUACAGAGAGUGUAUCUUGCU